AUGAGUGAGAAGCAGGCACGGCGUCCUCCUGUGGCGCCAAAGCCCUCCUUCAUCCAGCAACACAAUGCCGCCACAACCAAAAUCUCUCCUUUGCCCUCGCCCGCUCUCCGGGGUGCCACUUUAGCAUUUGGAGCGCCUGCGGUAAAGCCACCCAACAUCUCCAUCUCCGCAUCACAUAAUCCAUCUGCAGGAGCCCUGCUUGCAGCGACCACUGCCUCUAUCAGGAAGCAGCAACAACAAGCACAGCAAAAUGAGGCGACUACUUCACAAGAGUCGGCUUUCAAUGCCCGAGGUCGACCAUUGACGACAGAAAAGCUACCAACUGCGGUUUCCAACUACUCCUCUCUAUCUCCUCCCAAGCCUGGGCUUCGGCCUCAUGCUGCUCGAUCUACGUCUGCCGUUGCCGCCGUUGCCGCUUCUGCAAAGACAAGCCCUGUGCGCAGGCCGGAAUUGAAAAGAGAUCAGGGGAGCUCGUAUUUGGCGAGGCGAGAACCGUCCCAGGUGCGAAGUCGAGGCAUGAGCACAAGUAGCAGCAGCGAGACUGUCCAGUCACUCCAACAGAGCGCAGCUGCUCUCGCUGGGGCGAAGGCCUCGAUGACAACGGCUCCCGUGCCAAUCCAAAAUGCGACGGGUGACAAGCAGAGAAGCGACUUGGGUUACCUCUUGAAUUUACCGCUUUACUCUGCUCAAUCCUCGUCGGCUCCGAGCCCGUCAGUCUCCGGUGCCACGGCAGCAGCUACGGCUUCUAGGAACGCUGCCAGUUUAGAAGCGAGAAGAAGAGCUCUGUCAACUUCUGAGGAGAGCAGCCCCAGCGCACCGGUGUUCCGCAAUCUCACUGCGUCCCCUCAGUCGACUACCGGUUCGUCAUGGCCACGUCUGCGAGUAUCUCCCCCACAGACGGAUUCAGAGAGCGACACUGGACGGUUAAUUGUCGAACAACCCCCCAAGCCUCUGCCGGCGCCCGUUCCAGUGCGCGCCAAUCGAGCAGCAAUCGUUGCACAAGAACAAGCUGUGGCCCAGGACUCGCGAACAGGAAUGACUGCAAGUUCUUUGGCGGACGCCAUGGUUGCGGGCUCCAUUGCAGCCACCCACACCGGCUCUCGUGUAGCAUCUCCUGCAUCGAAGAAAGUUCCACCACCUAUACCACGUCGGCGAUCAAAGUCAGUGGGCGCUUUCGGCAGCGCGCGGCAAUUAAUGCACCUUCCUGGGAUGAGGAGUGAGACGAUGUCGCAAAACCCCAAGCUGAAACCACUUCCCAUGCGACCUAUGAGGCAGACAUUGCGGAAUAACUCGCCCGAACAUGACGAACCAUCAGAAGAAAAGCGUGGGCGGAGGCACUGGAGGCGGCAUCCCAAUAUGCACCACGAAGGCGAUCGCAGGCGGUGGAGAGACAAGGUGACGGAGCGGGAAAGGAAACGGUACGAAGGUGUGUGGGCAGCCAACAGAGGGCUACUCAUUGAUUAUGAUAUGGACAACCCCGAUUUGGAGGGAAGAAAAGAUGGCGCCUCUCCCGGUGACCUGGUUGUCAAUAUUGUGGUUCGUGACAUUUGGGAACGAAGCCGGUUGCCCAAAGAUGUGUUGGAAGAGAUCUGGGACCUCGUGGCGCAGCCAGGGGCGAAGACGCUCAAUCGGGAGGAGUUUGUGGUGGGACUCUGGCUCAUUGAUCAGAGAUUGAAGGGCAGAAAGCUGCCUGUCAAGGUGUCUCCGAGCGUGUGGUCGAGUGUGCGACAUCCCCAGGGUGUCAAGAUUUCGAGCAAAGCGCUACACAAAUAA